UAAAAGGAAAAAUGCAAACUCUUCAAAAAAUAAAUACGAAGCGAGCAUUCCGCAAUUUGCAACAAAUAAUAAUAAAAUCAGUUAGUCACGCAAAGACAUUUAAUUCAUGCCUAGCCUGAACAGCGCGCACCCCUCGUUACAUCGGAAGCGGAGUCAUCGGUAGCGAGUGUCCUUGGUAGCACGACGUCAAUGAAAUUUAAUAUUCAGUCCACCAUAACCCAGUUCUCGUAAUAUGAGCGUUUAUAAAAAGUUGCAAGUACGGUAUCCCUCAGAACGAAACGGAGGGCGAAUGUACUCGUAGUACCAUUUGCCAGCCCGUCGCCACCGCACAAAUUUAUAAAGCUUUCGCUUUUAAAAGAAGAAACGUGUGCCUUUAAAAUGAAAUAGAUGUUUGUUUUACGAUGAGCCUAUUUGUUGACUUGCGGCAAAUUAGAUCUUCAGUAACGAACUUAUCAGAGAUGGUUGACAAAAUAUCAACCUCGGUGUGCAAAGAUAAACUUCACAAGGAACGAAAAAAAAGUGUGGAUUCUGCUCUGUAUGGUGGCUCUAUAUAUAAGCCGACUACAUUAGGAUUCGGAGUGCGGUUUUCACAAAGCCAAGAAGAUAUAUUCAACGAUAUGCCUUCAUCUAGAUUACGCAGCCACAUGUCUCUUCCGAAUUUAGGCAAAAGUGAAAAUAAAACAGCGUCACCGAGACCCAAGAUUGUGGAAAUUGAGGAUGAAAAUAAUUCUAAUGGAAAUAAAAAUCUCAUUCAAAUAUCUUCUGAAAACAUCCACGAUUGGAUAGUCGCAUCCCUGAAUAAGAGACCUCAUUUUGAUGAUAGUGGACACACACACCCUAUGGACUUUUUAGAGAGCGUCAAAUAUUACAUUUCUGAAUUAAAUAUGGGAAGGGAGAAGAAGCUCAAUUUUAUUUUAUCGUGCCUAGAAGGACUGCCACUGAUGUGGGCACGUUGUUUCAGGAAUGAAUUUGAAAAUGUUGAAGAAUUUUAUGAAGCCUUCGAACAGGAGUUCUGGGGUCCUGACAGACAGAAAUCUAUUCUAUAUGAUAUGAAAUUAGGGAAAUAUGACGAAAAGAAAUCGCGAAUGAGCAUGUCGGAAUACUUCCUUUAUAAAGUGUCAAAUUACAAACAUUUGACUCCCCCUCCUUCUGAUUUGGAGAUUGUUUACUCUUUAGCUGCACAUUUCCCUUCUGCUGUCGAGCUAGAAUUGCGCCUGACACCGAAACCUACAUUACGGGAGGCAUACAGUUUGCUCCGUCGAAGGGAAGGCGAGGCGAAUGACUUUCUGCCUAAUUACUUGUACGACAUGUGCGAAGCAUUUCACCGCGGCUCACGGCCAGAAUCUGCGCGACGACCCGAAGACCAACCGAAUUCUAACAGCGUGGAUGAGAAAAAUAAACGAUCAAAAUAAUGUUCAUUACAGAUUGUUGAAUUA